UUUGGCUACUUGCUCGUGACGUGUAUGGAAAUGUCAUUUAAUGGCGUGUGUUCUGACAGUUCAGUUGUAAACAAUUGACUUCCCUGUGCUGCAGUUUCUCGCUGAUCCCAACAUGUCUCAUUCUGUAAAAAGUUUGGACGACGAAAACUUAAUUGAUUCGUGGGUUGAUCUAAAUGCAACUGGUGAGCUAAGUCGUGGUUCUGACAGUAGUCAAAAACGAUCUACACCCAUUUCCUCCUUAAUAAGCAGUGGGAAACUCGAAAAACUGUUAUGGGAAGCUCAAAGGGAAAGUUGUCAAUCAUCUCUUGUUGGAAGUGCAAUCUCCUCUCACAGAGAAAGUCCUAAAUCUCCUAGAAGUCCUAUUGUUGAUGAUGGUGCAUUAGAGGAGUUACUGCCUGCUCAAUUUGAUGCUGGACAACGCAGACAUGGAAGUACUGAUUGGAUUUGGGAAUGGAGCAGCAAACCUGAUCAAAGACCUCCAAAGGAAUGGAAAUUGCACCACCCACGACCUACUCUAAGUCUCAGAAAUUCCAGGGCUGCUAAAAGUGGUCUCUUUUCCACAGAAAUGCUGACAAUUAUAAUUGUUUCUAAUAUAUUGUCUGUCUUGAUUGGAACUGGAAUUGGAUUUUACAUCAGUCGACGCUUCGGACCCGAAUUUUUCCAUUGGAGCAAACAAUAAACUUGGACGAUACAAUUUUUUUCAUACUGUUUAUGCUGUAAUUCCUUUGCUUAUUUGUAUGAAUGUUAUAAAUAUUUUGUUUUUAAUUAUCAAUUUAUUGUUAUGUAUAUUUAUAACUCAUAAAUGUAGUGCAUUGUAUACAUGCUCUAAAUAUUAUCAUGUAAUGACUAUGCAUAUAGUGUCGCAUUUGUUUUUAUUUGUAUUUUUUUAUUACAUUAUGUUUUGUGGAAGUCUUAAGUUGUGUUAGUCUGAUAAUGUAUCAUAAAAAGAGUAAAUACUCUGAAUUCAAAACAGAAUUGGAUACCAUGCGAAGUAUUUAUGCGAUCAUAAACACUUAUAGAGAAAUGAAUCAUUAGAAUAUACCUAACUUUCACAAAUGAAUUUUAGGAAACUGUUUUUAUGUUCAAACUGUAAUAUAUAUUUGAAAUCACAUUUUUUGUACAUAUCGUUUUCUGUAAUAUUGAUUUCGAUACUAUUUCUUCGAUAUGAAAUGAAGUAAAGGAAAAUUUAUGUAUCCUAAAACUUCAAAUAAAAUAGUUUGACUGCAUUGAUGUACAAAUUUUGGCUACUGUUCAGUUUUAAACGGACGUUAAAAUGUUAUUAAUUUAAGUAAAUUAUAUUACUUAAAGAAAUAAGUAAAUUCUGAAGAGAAUUUAACCAGUGUAUUAGAAUGCAAUAAUCUUAUACAAAAUUGUUAGAUAUGUCGUAUGAUAAUUGAGUUUAUGAAAUUCAAAUGCAGGUUUUUAGCUCAAUGUUAUUAAUGUUGUGCUUGCUGAAAAAGGUUUAUAUUUCAAUGUUAAAUGUAUUCUUAGAUUCACAACAGAGAAAUCUUAGAUACCUUUGGCUGUAGAAUGUUCUUUGCUGUUUGUGAUGUGAUGGAAAUUUUUGGUGACUUACUCUUCUAUACUAUUCACGAACGCUUUUUCUGUGCUGGAAAAUUGUCUUUUUAUGCAACUUUUCUGCAGUUCAGUUGCUAAUGCACAUUUCUGUAGUUUUUUAAAUUUACUUAAUUUAAGGUGGGUUGUUUACUCAAGUGGAGUUCUUUAUUAAUCACAGAAUUUAUGUGCUUAAAUCUAAUAUUUGAUGUAUGUAGAUGUUAAUGAAAUUUUUCUAUGCCAUGCUCAUAUGUACUAUCUUGGUAAAUACAUUUUCUUCAGUGAA